AUGAGAAUUUCAAAGACAGAGAGCAAUUUAAUAAAAAAGAUGAUCGAAGAAGGAAAUACAACUCGUAAAAUUGCUUCUAAAUUAAAAGUUAGUCAAAGUACUGUGCAACGAAUUAGAAAAAAAUGUGGACAUAUUCUGAAAAAAAAUGUUGGCGGUCGACCAAAGAAGUUGAGUGCGGUAGACAGUAGAAGAGUAAUCAGAUAUUUGACUACUGGAGAAGCAAAAUCGACAUCUCAUGCAGCUAAACUUUUGCAACGUGAUACAGGAAAAAAUGUGAGCAGGUGGACAGUGCAGCGAGAUCUCAUUAAAAAUGAUUGGAAGAAAGUUAUUUGGUCAGAUGAAACUAAAAUUAAUCGGUAUAGCACAGAUGGCCGUCAAUGGAGCUGGAAAAGAGAAGAUGAACCAUUAACCCAAAAAGAUUUUAUUUAG